AAGUUUGAUGAUUUAUAAAUAAUUAUCUUUUAAUAAUAUUUUUAUAUAUAGAUUCCAGUAGUAAACAAAAAUACUUUCAAAAAUUGUCUCCUCUGUAUUUGAUAUUUUAUAACAAAAUACUAUUAUUAAAGGCCAUUAUUAAAAAAGAGAAGAAAGGAAAAGCCACCAACCAUCAUUAAAUCCACUACAUUUGAACCGCAAAGCGCCAUUUUAACCCCCUAAUUUGUCUGCAAAAAAGUUGAACAAAAAGGCCAAAAAAGAACCAAAAAAAUGAAAGUAAAUAAUUUCUACUUGUGUUGUUCUUUUGUUGUUGUUGCUUUACCAAAGUGACAAAGAAUCAAUCUUUCAUGGCCAACCAGCCUAAGCUCGUGUACCAGUCUUGGAAGGCCAACAAUAAAUUCUUGCUUGGCGGGAGGCUAAUAUUCGGACCAGAUGCUAAGUCAUUGAUUAUUACCUUCACGCUCAUCCUUGUCCCUGUUGUUCUAUUUUGUGUAUUCGUGGCAAGAAAUUUUGUGUUUGAACUCCAACGAGAAACUGCAGGAUAUGCAAUUCUGGUGAUAGCUAUUGUCUUCACAAUUUAUGUCUUUAUACUUCUAUUCUCAACCUCAGCAAAGGAUCCUGGCAUUGUCCCUCGUAAUUCUCAUCCUCCAGAGGAGGUUCUAGGGUAUGAUCCUUCAGCUUCUGUUGAAGCUGGCAGUAGACCUUUGCCUCGCACCAAAGAAGUCCUUGUGAACGGUUUGCCUGUACGAGUUAAAUAUUGUGAAACGUGCAUGUUGUACCGUCCCCCACGAUGCUCUCAUUGCUCGGUAUGUGAUAAUUGUGUGGAGCGAUUUGAUCACCAUUGCCCUUGGGUGGGUCAAUGCAUUGGGAAGCGGAACUACCGUUGCUUCUUUCUAUUUGUUUCUUCAACAGCCCUACUUUGUGUUUUCGUCUUUUCCAUAUCAGCCCUGUAUCUGAAACUUCUUUCGGAUGAAUCUGGAAAUAUUUGGAAAGCUAUCAAAGUAUCACCAGCAGCUGUGGCACUAAGUGUCUAUUGUUUUAUUGCACUGUGGUUUGUUGGAGGUCUAACUGGCUUCCAUUUGUAUCUCAUAGGUACAAAUCAGACCACAUAUGAGAACUUCCGUUAUAAGGGCAACAACAGGACCAGUGUGUAUAACCGGGGAUGCAUAACAAAUUUUCUUCUACUAUUCUGCUCAAGAAUAGAACCUUCCAAAAUCAAUUUUCGUGGAUAUGUGCAGGAAGAGGCAUCAAAGCCUCCUAAGAGUAACAUUCAAGAAACAGAUAUAAAUAUCUCUGAUGGGGAUACGCGAAUCAAGGUGGAAGACGAUCUUGAUAUUGGAGAUGAUAUUAUGAAAAUAUCCCAACGCCGUAACUCUGAAGAAGUUGGUGAUGUUAGAGGUAGAGGAAGUGACAGGUCGCCAAUAGGUCGUGCUGAGGUUGAUUUUGGAUUUGGUCUGGAGUCUCAAUUUUCCUCCAGACCCUCAUACUAGCUUUGAGCAGAACAAGUGAAAGAAGCCAAAUUCAAUAUCACCAUUUUUCUCCAGUACAUUCCUAUUUCUUCCUGCUGACAUUAUUUGGAGCACCCAGAAGGAGGUUCAACUGAUCAUUUCUUGAGGUUUAAGAUGCAAGUUUAGCCGUGAAUAUGCACCGGUGUCUCUUUCUCGGGCUGGCUUUCCCUCAUGAAGAGAUGAGAUAACCUCGCUGUUGGUUCACAAGUGUUUGCCGGUUUUAAGUAUUUAUUGGAAGAACUAUAGCUAUAUUUUUUACUUUGUAUCUUAUCUCUGGAAUUUUAACAAUUUGUACAUUUUUUCUUGUUUGAGUUUGUUCAUGAUUCACACAAGAAUAUAAAAAACUCACAUUUGAACA